CCACACGUCUCUCCUGGUGGCUGCCAUGCCCACAGCCUGUUCCGACCUGUUGCUCACGCUCAUCACGAAUAAUCCCUGAGACGGUGCUCGGCGCUCUUAGUUGUUGAAAUUCCCAAACAGAGCAAACAGAGCAGUUGUGCGUUUACCGGAAUCAGGUCCACCUUUUCCCCAGUGCGCCAGUUCUCGGUGACAUUUUCGUAUACAUAUCGGUGCUGUUCACGAGAGAUCUCGUUGAACUUUGAUUAUCCACAUAUUUGUUCCGUAGAUUGAAGAACAUCCGACAAUGUGGUACAUCCGCCUCCUGUCAACUUUCCUCAUGCUAGGAUCGCUACACGGUUGUGUCCAGUCGCUUCAAAUUCUGCGGUCAGAGCCGCUCGGAGACAUUGUGAAGAUAGAGGAUCAACUCUAUUUCAUACAAGAAUAUUUGGGACAUUCAGGCGGGUCCAAAGUUUCGAAGAGCCGUGUGGCUGACUACGUUCUGGUCACCUCCGUUAUUCCGCCAGUAUAUCCCUUAUCAAGCAAAAUCCUGUCUGAGAUAUUGACAGGCUACUCGAGGCUUGACGACGUUUGGAACCGAAGCUUCCUACAAGGUUUAGUAAUUGCAUCACCCACCGAAACCGAAAUUCUCUUUGACGACACCUUGAUCGAAUGGCUUCACCUUCACGGGAUAUCGCAACUUUUCGUUUCCGGCUCCCCAGAACUCCAUCAGCGAAACCCCCGGUUACGAGAAUUUACUGUGAUUGAUUUCCCUAACAUGCCACAGGGGGCAGGGCCUUACGCCUAUUCUAGGUCAAGUGGAUCAUUGCACAAGGUAUAUCUCCUUUACCCGGACGUCUACGAAAGUUUCAUGCUUGGAUGUAUUCCCUUGACUGAAGGAGAGAAUGUGAUCUGGAUAUCCACUAACUUUACAAUUCCCGGUGAUCCCACUGGGUUCUCGAAUCGAGAUGAGUCUCCUUCCGAGUCGGAGGGCGAGAUUUACCACCAGUACAUCCCAGUUCCAUCCAGACUAUCUCAUACCACCUUUACACCUGAUGGCCGCCCCUUCCACUCGUCGUCGUCCUCACUUUUCGGAAAACGAAUGGCAGUCAAGGAUAUCUUCCACAUGCGUGGUUUACCUACAAGUGCUGGAUCCUUGGCCUUCCUCGAGAUGAAUGGGUCGUCCAGUAACUCAACAGCAUCUUCAAUCCUAAAGCUACUCGAUUUGGGUGUCGUUCCCGUGGGCAAAACUCGUACGUCUCAGUUUGCUCACGGUGCGCAUCCAUGGGAGUUUCGAGAUUUUUCGUACUCUUGGAAUCCUCGUGGAGAUGGGUUGCUCACAGCUGCAGCCUCGAGUUCAGGAAGUGCAUGUGCAAUCGCCGGGUAUGAUUGGUUGGAUUUGACUGUCGGAAGUGAUACCAGAGGAAGUGUUAGGAAGCCAGCAUCGUUGGUCGGAGUAUACGGAAUCAGACCUUCCUUUGGGAGUGUCGGUCUUGAUGGAAUUGUCCCACUCUCAGAAGAAAUGGAUACGAUGGGGAUCUUUGCUCGGGAUCCACAACUGUUCUUUAAGGUUGCUUCCCACCUGUAUCGGGAGUCUCCGGUGUCGCAUGGCAAUAAUUUCCCCCGCCUACCAGUACAUUUGUUGUACCCGAUGGACCAUUUUCCUGUCAAGUCUCCGCAGGCACAGCUUGUGUACGACAGUUUCCUAAACUCUUUGACGGAAUUGAACAUCACUACAAUACCCAUCAACAUAACGCGCACGCUAGCACCCGUGUUCCCGGGCGAACAAUUCUCCCCCUUUCAAUCUUUAUCAAACAUGUUAAGCGAGUACCAUUCCUAUACAGAGGUUGGGAAGCCAUUAUCAGAGUGGUAUCAAACUCGGUUUAGAAAGGCACCUGCCUUUGACCCCAUGCCCGAGGUGAUGUUCGCGAAAGGAUCAGGAUAUUCGGAAACGGAUUAUGAAAGAGCGGUUGCUUAUAAAAGAAGGUUCACCGAUAUUUUGGGAGAAUUGAUUUUCAAGCAGGACCCCGAGUCUUGCUCAGACUCAAUCUUUGUCUACGAUGCCGGUACAGGUGGACUCCCUUCGUACCGAGUGAGCGAUUUCAACGCAUUUGAAGGAGCCACAGAGGUUACGCUUGUCAAACCAGGAAGGAAAGCUACGUUCCAGGAAAACCUCCACUACAUGGCUUCAAUGGGUGGUCUCGUCGAUGUGACUGUGCCCAUUGGCGAGGUGGCAUAUUUCAGUUCGGUGAGUCGCCAAUGGGAACCUAUACCCGUGACAAUUCAGCUCGUUACACGCCGCGGAUGCGAUUCUGUUAUUUUGGAACUUGUAAAAGCACUGGCCGAUACAAAUAUUCUCAAGCAUGUUAGCCAUGGUCGAUCUCUUCAAUCCCCUGAUUGAGCAUUGUACUCAGAGUACUUUUUUCCAUCAAUAUACGCAUCAUGCAUUAACCCAGGAA